AACGGUGAAGAUGAAUGGAAACGAAGAGAGAAGACAUGGAGGCGCCGUGGGCCGCCGCCGAGGAGGGCUUCGCCGGAGAUGUAUGGUGAUUCUUUCAGCGCCGAAAGGUUAACGCGGAACUGGGUUUCUCUGUGUGGCUUCGAAUGAUUGUGUUGGUUGAGAGGAAGUAAGCUUGAAUAAAGGAUAAUGCGCCAUGGCCAAAGUGGCAGAAGAAUCGCUCUGCUUCAUCAUUCCGUCGCAUUUCUCGCGCCAUUUUGCUCGAGGAUUAGCUUCUCGACAGCAGUGAAAGCUUCCGGUGGUGCUGAAGUGGGAACGGCGUCAAAACUUGGUAACCUUCUGGUAGUUGCCUCCAUAGCCAAAGCUUUGUCGAGGCCUGGAGGGAUUCAUUCUCUGGAGAAGUAUGGGGACUCUAUUCCCUUGUCUGAGGACCUUGUACUUCAGGUUCUCCGCCGUGGUUCUCUUGAUGCGUCCAAGAAGUUGGAUUUCUUCCGGUGGUGCUCAGUUAGGCCUAACUACAAACAUACAGCGGGCACCUACUCUCAGAUGUUUAAAACCAUAUGCUUUUUGCCCCAUCAGCACCAGGAUGAUAUUCUUGAGCUGGUUGCCUCGACGAGACGUGAUGGGGUGGUGCUUGAUUCGUCGACUUUGAAAUUGAUUCUGGAUGGGUUGAUUAGGUCGGGCAAGUUUGAUUCUGCUCUGGAAGUUUUGGGGUAUAUCGAGAGAGACUUGAUUAGCAUAAGUUGUUUGAGCCCUGACAUAUAUAGCCCUGUUCUUGUUGCUCUUGUGAGGAAGAAUCAAAUCUCCAUAGCUUUGUCCAUUUUCCUCAAGCUCUUAGACUCUUCGUCUUCCUCCUCAACGGGUGGCAACAAUGUUGUAAUUCCUGAUGCUAUUGCUUGCAAUAACUUACUUGUUGGUCUUAAGAAGGCAGGCAUGAAAGAUGAAUUCAGACAAGUAUUCAAUAAAUUGCGUGAGACAAGGCUUUAUCCGCUGGAUAGAUAUGGUUAUAACAUAUGUAUUCACACAUUAGGAUGUUGGGGUGACUUGAUCACUGCGUUAAGCCUGUUUAAAGAGAUGAAGGAUAACAGCCUCAUCCAUGUUCUUUGCAUGCUUGGGAAGGUGAAGGAUGCCCUCACCGUCUGGGAGGAGCUGAAGGCUUCCUCGGGUCAGGAGCCUGAUUCAUUCACUUAUCGAAUUCUCAUUCAGGGUUGUUCUAAAUCUUAUAGAAUCAAUGAUGCGAUGAAAAUCUUUAGUGAGAUGCAGUAUAAUGGUAUACGAGCAGAAACUGUUGUUUAUAACUCCCUCCUUGAUGGUUUGCUAAAGUCAAGAAAGCUAACGGAAGCAUGCAAUCUAUUUGAGAAAAUGGUCCACGACGAUGGUGUCAGGGCUUCAUGCUGGACGUAUAAUAUACUAAUUGAUGGGUUGUAUAAAAAUGGAAGGCCCCAAGCAGCCUAUACUAUGUUUUCUGACUUAAAGAGAAAAGGUAAUAAUUUUGUAGACGGGAUUACUUACAGCAUUGUAAUUUUGCAUCUUUGUCAGGAGAAUCAGCUUGAGGAAGCAUUACAGUUGGUAGAAGAGAUGGAGGCCCGGGGUUUUGUGGUUGAUUUAGUUACUGUAACUUCGCUGUUAAUUGCACAUUACAGACAAGGUCGGUGGGAUGCGACAGAGCGGCUUAUGAAGCACAUUAGAGAUGGGAAUUUGGUUCCUGCUCUUCUUAAGUGGAAAUCCGCUAUGGAAGGUUCAAUGAGAAGUCCACAGAGCAAAAAGAGUGACUUUACGCGGAUGUUUCCUUCCAUAAAUGAUGUUGCUGAGAUUUUGAAUAUUACAAAGUCGGAUGACUCAAAAGGCGACAUUGGUGUGGAGGAUGUCGAGCAGAUCGAUAAUGAAACUGAUGAAUGGUCAUCUUCUCCAUAUAUGGACCAGCUGGCUAAUAGGUUUACAUCUUCUAGUCACCAUACUUGGGAGUCUUUCUCACUCACAAGAGGGGUCCGUGUUCUGGCUGAAGGUCAAGAUUCAUUCGAUAUUGAUAUGGUGAAUACAUAUUUAUCUAUUUUUCUUGCCAAGGGGAAGUUGAGUUUAGCUUGUAAGUUAUUUGAGAUUUUCACCAACAUGGGUGUCAACCCUGUCGGCUACACUUACAAUUCUAUUAUGAAUUCAUUCGUCAAGAAGGGCUACCUCAAGGAGGCUUGGGGUGUCCUCCAAGCUAUGGGUGAGACGGUUAACCCAGCUGAUAUAGCCACAUAUAACGUGAUAAUUCAAGGUUUAGGAAAGAUGGGAAGGGCUGAUCUAGCAAAUGCCGUUCUUGACAAAUUAAUGAAGGAAGGCGGUUAUCUUGAUAUUGUGAUGUAUAAUACCUUGAUUAACGCUCUUGGAAAGGCUGGCCGGAUAGAUGAAGCAAACAAGCUAUUUCAACAAAUGAAGACGAGUGGGGUAAAUCCUGAUGUAGUUACUUAUAACACGCUUAUUGAAGUGCAUAGCAAGGCGGGUCGACUCAAGGAUGCUUACAAGGUCCUGAAGAUGAUGUUGGAUGCUGGAUGUGCACCGAAUCAUGUGACUGAUACAACUCUUGAUUUUCUUGAAAAGGAAAUCGAAAAACUAAGAUACCAGAAGGCCUCCAUUAUGCGCUCUAACAGAGAUGAUCCUUCUUGAGGUUCAAUGAUGUGAAGUACCAUCAAGCUUCUGUGCUUAGCACAGUUGAUCCUCCUGUGGAUCAAUCACAUUGCUAGUUUCCAUACAGGUAGUGCUCAGUUAUGUGAUUAUGCGCAUUAUGCUUGGACUACUGUAUGUAUUCCUUCAUAUGGAGUUUUGUAUUACCAGAUUUCACUGUGGACGUAUCAUAAACUAUUAAUAGAGACAUAAACAAAUUGAGUUGGGCCUAUAUUACUCUGUUAGGAUUUUUAACAGAGUUAAAAGAAUUGUGUUGACUUCGGCUGAAUCAAGUCUAAAUGAGCUUUAAUCUAUAGUUGAUUACAUGCAAGCUCAUGUAGCUUCAUUUUCCCACGUAUAUUUCAUUAUUCAUUCGCGAGCU